GUCUCACUUCCCUCCAUCCCUCCGUGAGAGAAACUGAAGAUGUGGUGGUGGUAUGUGGUUGUGGUGGUAGCGGUGGUGGUGGUGGAGCCUGGUACCGCCCUAGCAAGAAGUUAUGGUGUUGAAUGCGAGACCUUACCGUCAACCAUACAUGUGGCCAAAGAGGAAUAUGACGAGAGUGGGCGGGUGCUGCGAGUCUGUGAGGAGGACGUGGCUGUCAACAAGUGUGAGGGCGCCUGCGUGUCGAAGGUUCAGCCCUCGGUAAACACGCCUUCUGGAUUUCUCAAGGACUGUCGCUGCUGCCGGGAGGUCCAUCUGAGGGCGAGGGACAUCACCCUCACACAUUGCUAUGACGCUGACGGUGCGCGGCUGGCGGGGGCGAAGGGUAGUCUGCAGGUGAAGCUUCGUGAACCAGCUGACUGCCAGUGCUUCAAAUGUGGCGACUCGACCCGCUGAAGAUGAAGUGGUGGCGGUGGGGUAGUGAUGGUGGUGGUAGAGAGAGAGAGAGAGAGAGAGGCUGGUGGUAGUGGUUGCAAGAGAAAAAUGGUAGUAGUAGUAGUAGUAGUAGUAGUAGUAGUAGUAGUAUUGAUAACAGCUUAGAAUUAAAUAAAGAGAUGAUCAAAAAUUAUAUCUGGAAGAGGAAGAAGAAGAAGAGGAGGAGGAAGAAGAAGAGGAGGAGGAGGAAGAGGAGGAGGUAGAGAGAAGAGGAAAUUGAUAAUAUAUAGUAAUUUAAACACUACAACUACUACUACUACUACUACUACUACUACUACUACUACUACUACUACUACUACUACUACUACUUCUACUACGGCUAGGCUAUUAAACUGUAAACUAAUUUGAUUGAAGAUUGAGAAAAUACUUUAUUGAAGAAA